CGAUGGCUGUUGUAAGUGUAGCAACGUGGCUCGCGCCUAUGAACCUGGCUAUCGUGGCUCUAGCCCUGUUUGUUGGCUACUUGCUACUGAGACCAAAACGCUGGCGGGGUAACCCACCGCCCGGCCCCAGCGGGUGGCCCGUCAUCGGCAGCAUGUUCCAACUCGGCAAGCGACCGGAGAUCUUUUUAACCAAGAUGUCGGAGCGAUACGGCGACAUAUUCAGUUUGAACCUCGGCGAGAAACGCGCGGUUGUUGUCAACACUUGCGAAACGUGGGCGGAGGCUAUCAUAGAGAAGGGACACAUCUUUGCCGACCGGCCCGACCUUUUCUCUUUUAAGUUGGAAGAGGCUGGAAACCAACACCACGGUGUGGGAUUCACACGAGCAUCCGAGAUGCAACGCAAGAAAAUCAAAGUGGUGCGCGCGGCUUUGAAUUCGGCCAUUCCUGAAGUCGCUGAGAAGUUUAACACGAUUAUAGCGAGUGAAGUCGCGUUGCUAAUGCAGGACGUCGCUAAUGAAAAUGGUAAACCGUUCGACCCAUAUCACGUGAUCGAGUUCUGUUACAUAAACAUCCUCGGAAUGUGGCUCUAUGGAAAAAUAUUCCAACAGCGAGACGAGCAGUACUUGAAAUGGGCGGACACGUUUGCCAAGAGGUUGGAGCUAGGAUCAUGUCUGCUUGUGGACUGGUUUCCAUCGCUCGCCUGCGUCACCAGCGGUAAAGCCAAAGAAUUAAAAGGACUCGUACAAACGAUGGUGGGCUGGCACAUGAAAUUACUCGAGGAACACCGACAGACGUUGAACGAGUCCAGUCCGCGCGAUUUUCUCGACCACCUGCUAAUCCAGCAGCAGAAGGGCAAGCUGAUGGUGUCCGACACCGACAUCUGCUGUGUGUUAGAUGAUUUACAGAGCGCCGGAUUUGAUACCGUCACUGCCAACACCAACUGGGGCAUUCAGCUGCUUGUGCAGAAUCCAGACGUGCAGAAGAAGCUGCAGGCUGAGAUCGACGAGGUCGUCGGCAGCGGCAGAGCGCCGACGACGAAGGAUCGCCGCAACAUGCCCUACUUGGAGGCUACGCUUUGGGAGAUCCAGCGUGUAGGAAUGAUUCUCCCGAUGCCUGGUGUACGUGGCGCAUUGUCUGAUACCACCUUAGGAGGCUUUGACAUACCCAAGGAUACCGUUCUAAUGGCCAACCACGCCAAGAUGGCUAUGAAUCCCAUCAAUUUCCCACAGCCGCAGAAGUUUGACCCGUCUAGGUAUCUGGAUGAGAACGGAGUCGUCGUGGCACCGGAUAAAAAUAUUAUGCUGUUUGGUAACGGCUUCCGAAUAUGUCCCGGCAUGCAACUCGCUCGUGACAUGAUGUUUACUGUCAUGGCGAAUCUGUUGCAGCGUUUCACAUUUGAGCUACCAGAGGGCGUCACAGCUUUCCCUGUCGGUAGAACCGACGGUCUUGUGCAGUAUCCGCUUCCUUUUAAGAUUAGAGCUAUUGCACGAUAAACGCAACCGCAAUAAAAGGAGAAAACAGUACAAGUUAUUUUGCUGUUGCUUAAGGUAAUCAAAUAGCUCGGCUCACAAGCCAUAAAAUUUUCAUUCCUUUUGUAGUCAUUAAUUUUAUAUAGGUGUUGGAUUUUUAACUGGGGAAUAUAUAUUAAAUAAAUUUGUCUCGAUUAUGGAAAGAGCUGUUCAUCAAAUGCUGUUGACGCUGUGU